ACAAGGGUAAGGCUCUAUAUAAAGUGGGUGAGCGCAUCGGCCAUUUUGUUCCCUGAGUGAUAACGGACUAGUAAGUAUGCAUACAAUUUCUCGUGUAAAAAAUACAAUUUUUUCGAUAGUUCGCGAGUCCGGGUGAACUUACGUGUAGUCUCAAAUUAAAGACAAUGAAAUUCCCUAUCGAUCGAUGUUAAAUUUUGAUCAUUUCAUGAAAAAAUAACGACUUAUGAAUACUUCUAUUUUACUGAUUUCUGCAUACUACAUACGUUGUCUUUAAACUAAAAAUACUCGAAAUUUUCAGUGGACACAUAGGUAUUUUAAUACAGCAAAAUGUUCACCAACAGAAUUAUGGAUGCGGGUUCGCAAACUUAUUCUAAACUCAGACUUCUACCAGAAUUUGUUGAUAAAUCAUUAUUGAUCAAGGCCGUGUUUGAUAAUGCCAACACUAGAAUAUUAUUGGUGGCGCCCAGAAAAUCCGGGAAGUCGGUUAACUUACUGAUGUUGAAAUGUUUCCUGGAGGUUGUUCCUAGUAAUACAAUAAUGGAAAAUAAUCGAGCAUUAUUUAAAGGACUGCUCAUUAACGAACAUAAAGAAAUAAUGGAAUGCCAUCAAGGAAAGUAUCCAAUUCUGUACUUGGACUUGAAAGCUUUCUGUCCAAUUUCUUCAAUUACUAACGCACUCAAUCAGCUAGCUUUGGUGGUCCAAGGAGCAUACAAACAACACGACUAUUUGGAGUCGAGCAGUGAAUUGAGCGACUAUGAAAAGACAGCCUUCAAAAUGUGGUGUGAUUUGGUUGAUAUUCCGGAACCACGCGAAGGAUUGAUUAUUAAUUCUGCCUUGAUAAAUUUGGCGAAUUAUUUGAAAAAAUAUUGGCAAAAAGACGUGAUAAUUUUAUGCGAUGAGUACGAUUCAAUGUGCAGCAAUGCUGUCAUUAGUAUAGACAACAUACCGGAAGGAGACGCCUUGCCGCCAGGGAGGUAUUAUCGUAGUGCAGAAAAAGAAAUUAGAGAAAUAAUUGAUAUAUGCAUUGGCGCUCUUUCGUCAAUUGUAAAAUCUGAAGAUGUCCCAGUUUUCCGGGCAAUUCUCACUGGAAUGUCAAACUUGAAGACGAUGGGAUCGAGUAAACUGAACAAUGUCAUUGCGUAUGAGUUUGACAUACAUGAUGAAUUUCAGCCAUUUUAUGGCUUGAGUAAAGUCGAACUCGACUCUACUUCUGCUAGGAACGAGAAGAACUGAAAAAACUACUUGAACAAUUCAUGAGUGAAUUUAAACGGUGACCAAGUUCAGGAUUGGAGUAGAUGUGUCCGGCAUCUGUACAAUCAGUAAAUAUUCAUAACUUAUUUCUCAUGUAUUUUUCCUCCGUACAAUUAGAUUGAGAAAGUUUUCAUAUUCAAUUUUAUAAUUUUUCAGUUAAUUUAAUUUGGAACAAAAGUGUUUCUAACUGCCAUUUUCUCAUCAAGAUAUUUUUUUUUCCAAAGAAUGUCUAUUGACUGCGAUUUGUCUGUAAAUCUUCAGAUUUUUUUUGUUCAUUGCUCACGCGAAAAAUCGGGUUAAAUGUAAAUUAUCGAGGACGGUACCGUUUUCAUUUGUAAUUUAGAAUCUGUUCAUUUUAGUGAUGUUGAUAUUUAGAAAAAUUUCAUAUCGAUAUAUCACGAUAUUUUUCCAACAGAUAUCGAUAUAUCGACGAUAUAUCGAUAUCUUCAAUAUUGCCUUAAAAGUACCUAUUUUUCCCAUUUGUAUACUCAGUCAUUCUAGUUUAAUUGCGAACUAACAACUGCAAAAAAUUUGGUACGACAAAAAAUUAUUUUAUAGAUUUUUAAAAAAGUGAGAAAAUUUUUUUUUGAAAAAAAUGAAAAAUUUUUUAAAAUUUCUUUCUAAUUUCAAUUUUUACUCAUAUUUUUGGCUGUUUUCGUGCAUUUUUUCCUCAAUUUUUGACGAUACGAUAUAUCGUCGAUAUUGAUUUUUCAUAUCGAUAUGUCGAUAUUGGAUCUCAUAUCGAUAUAUCGUUUAAGAUAUCGAUAUAUCAACACCACUAGUUCAUUUACAGUUUAUUUAGUCAUUUUUAAGUGGAAUUUACUUUUUAGUUUUUGUAAACUUUCACUGGCAGAAUAAACGAUUAUCAAUGUUAAAAUUAUAUCAAUAGAAUGAUAUUUUCGCUAAAGCUUCGAGUAACCCACGAAUACGUUCCUACAUCAGAUUAAUAGCGUUGAAAUAUUCGCAUAUUUUACUAGUAGUACUUGUCGAUGCCGCGGCCGUCGACAUUUCCAUGUUUAAAAAAUCGAAAAUUAUACUGGAAGUCCUAAAAUGGCUCGAAAUGGUGAGAUUCCAAUUCGCAGAAUUCAUGAUUCAGCCAUUUGUGCUAUUUUCAGAAUUAUUUUAAGAACAGGAAGUUUUCACUUUUUAAACAUUUUUUUCCUUUUAAGUAAAUAUUAAAAGAGACCACCUCAAAAUUUGUUCAAAUGUAGGUACAUAAACCAUUUACUUGAUUAACAGGUUGAGAAUUAGCCACAACUCUAUUUUUACUUUCCCAAAUUAAUUUCCACGCCUUCUGGACAAAAUUUCUAAAUUCUGGAGAAAUUGAAAAUAGCGCUGGGGACUUCAAUACCUAUCACUAGAAAUGUUAAAAUUUGGCAAGGGGGAGUUAAUCUGAACCCUAGCUUUUACCAUUCAACUUUUAUUCAAGUUCAAAGUUUGCCCUCUCGCAAUUGAUAAGUUUUGAGUAUUAUUAUUUCGUUUUUAUAAAAAAUUAAAGACAAAGUUGAGUGAACACAUAGGUGUUUUAAUAGUGUAAAAUUAUCUACAUUUCACGCUCUACACGAUACAAUAAUUUCCAGAACCCUAGCUUUUACCAUUCAACUUUUAUUCAAGUUCAAACUUCCCCUUCAAUAUAAUAUUAGUAAUUAAAUGAGAAAAUUAUGAACUUUGAACUUGAAUAAAAGUCGAAUGAUUAAAGCUAAGGUCCUGGAAAUCAUUGCAUCGUAUAGAGCGUGAAAUGUAGAUAAUUUUACACUGCUAAAACAUCCAUGUGCCCACUCAAUUUUUCUUCAAUUUUAGUUUAAACAAAAAUACAAAUUGUUAAUAAACAUAGGUAUACGUUUUGAUAACGGCGCGCAUCACGAGUACCCCAAAAGUUAAGGCGCAGUGGAAAAAGAGCUACUGCAACCUGCUACACACAAAACGGGAACUGCUCUAUGAUUUCAAAUCAUAUUUUUCAUUUCUAGUUUUGUUUAAGCUCAGUUCAUCUUUAUUAUUAAAUUUUUGUUUUGCUCAACUUUUUAUUUAGGUUUUGAAAAUGUUUUAAGUUUUUUUUUCAGUUUAUUAACCUAGGUAGGUACAGUCAUAAUUUUCUGAAUUAACUGAAAUAGUGUUUUAUAGAAUUUUUAUUGCAUUUCUUGUUGUUUUAAAUUCAUAUAAUUUUUUGAAUAAUCCAGAGUAUGAAAAAAUGUUUUCAUAUCGAUUCUCCUUUUUAAAUUUUUUUUUCCAGUUUAUUAACCUAGGUACAGUUAUAAUUUUCUGAAUUAAUUAAAAUCAUGUU